CUAAAUGUUUCCAGGGCUUUCAACUGUUAAGGCGCUUUAUCUCAAACACGUUUCUGGCCUUUUUAAUGCAACAACUCAACUUGGCUUCCUUCUUCACUCUAACAAAAUGAAAAUCUUGUGUAUUUUACAGCCAUUUACCAAAAGCACAGAAGCAUUGCAGUAGAAGUGCCAUCUAUUUAUAGUGACACCACAUGUGCUUCUGACCAGAGAGCUGCACAGCUAACUUUCUGCUGUGUCUCAACUUCAACACUUUACCAAGUGAGAAAAAUCUAUGAGGCAGAACUUUGACCUGGUGAGAAGACCUUCAUCUCAGCUCCUCCUCUUCAUCAUCUAACAGAACCAAUCAGAAAAGAGCUGUGUGUCUCUUUGGCUUUGGAAAUAUAACGAGAGGGUCAGAAGAGCUACGCUGAAAGAUUUUUCACCAUGAACCGGGCCUGGGCUGUGUUCAAGGCUCAUCCGUACAUCAGUAACGUCCUGGGAUACACAACGCUAUUUGCCUCUGCUGACCUCAUACAACAGAGUGUGCUGGGUGGUAAACAAACUGCAGGAUCCACAUCAGAGGAUUUGGCUGGCAUCAACUGGUGUCAGACGGCUCGGGUGGCGACUGUCGGCUUCUGUUUCCAUGCCAACUUCAACUACCAGUGGCUCCGAGGGCUGGAAAGGAUGCUGCCAGGAGGCGGAGUGAAGGCAGUGACAGGGAAAGUUGUUGUUGAUCAGCUGAUCGCAGCUCCCCUUACCAUCAGUGCUUUUUAUAUUGGUUUAAGUUUACUAGAAAACAAUGACGAUCCGCUUGAAGAAUGGAGACAGAAAUUCUGGAAAUCUUACAAGACUGGAGUGGUAUUUUGGUCAACAAUGCAGGCAGUGAACUUUGCCCUGGUGCCCCCUGUUGCACGGACAGUGUUUCUGGGAGGCAUCGCUCUGACUUUCACUAUCUACCUGUGUCACCUCAGACAGCAGAGUGGCCACAAACUCGAAUAAACUUCAGAACUGAGUUUUUGUACUGAAAGACUAUGACAUUAAAAUAUUGUUUUUUUUGUCAUCAAUUUUUUUUCAUUCAAUUACAAGGCUUAUUUAAGGGCAGGAUACAGUUGCAAAGUUAUUAGAUUUACCGAGAAAACGAGGGAAUAAGAUAAAGGUCACAUUUUUGUGAAUCAGCUGAUUAACCCACGUGGGUUAUUAUUUAGCUGUCAUUUAAACUUCCCUUUCUCCAAACAGAAUACUGCAUCUAAAUGUGAAUUACAACUAAUGACGCCACAGAGUUUCAUCCUGCUGGUACUUAUGUUGAUUUAAUCUUUUUCCACUGAGAAAACAGAGACUGAGCUAUUCUCAUUUAACUGUUUCAGUGAAUCAUGGAAUAACUUAGUUGAUGUUGCCAUAGAUUUUUAACCAAUAAAAGUUUUUUUUAAACUAUUUGUUAAAAAUGAAAAGUCAUUUGUGGUUUUCUUUUUGAACAUUUUAUCAACAAGCAAAUUGAAGGCUGUAAUCGUGUGAAUAGCCUCUUGUGUCGUACACAUCCUGAAACUGAACUUCCUAUUUUUGGCACUACUUAUUGCAAUAAGGGUUUUGAAAAAAGUAUUUUCAUUUGAUAGUCCAAAAAUGAUGGAUGUGGGA